AAUAACACCAGUUUAGUCAGCGAGUGACUGAGUGAUGAGCAUGAAGAUGAAAAUGGAGGAGCAAGAAAAUCUAAACCUAAUCCCCCCAACAGCAACCCUAGAAAUAGACAAAGACCUCACUCUCCUACCACGCAUCAAACUCAACCUCACCGUACACCCUUCCACACCUUCAUCCUCCAUAACAAACCAAAUCGACGAAUGGAAAACCAAACGAGCCUUACUCGAUUUUCUCCAAACCUCUCAUUCUCUUCCCUUUCCUCUCCCCGAAGAAGAUCUUCAAUUCAAACGCUUCAACAAAGACCUCAAAAAGCGUAAAUGCGAAGAUCCCGUCGUUUACGGUACACUCCACAUCUGGGACCUGUCGUUUUUGAGUGAGAAGAAUGAAAACGACGUUGUGAAAUGGAGGAAUGGUCUUCGGAAUGUCAAUCGGAGUUCCAGGCGCGAACCGGAUACGGUUGUUGUUAGUGGUGUGCCGUCGCGGUGGUUCGCGGAGACUAGGGUUUCUUCUAAACCUUCUAUGCUUGUUACUCAUACCAUUUUUUCAAAGUUUGGCAAGAUAAGGAAUUGGAUUCGUAACAUUGAGCAGCAUGCUUCUGACAAUGUUAACAAGAUACUGGUAGGCAACAAAGCUGAUAUGGAUGAAAGCAAACGGGGCCAAUGGAGAGGUGUUGACCCUGUCGUCUUUUUUAAAGAUGACACAAUUAUUAAUAGUAUAAGGGACUUUUAUGGGAUUGAUGAGGGUUUUCCAUUCAAUGGCCACCUUAUUACACGAAACAGUGAUACCAGUCACGUGAAAAGAAUUUACUAUGUCUCCAAGUUUGUCAAGGAUAUUCUUGAGUUGAACUUUUCAGCUGGGCAGCAACUGAAAAUAACCUCAGUUGGCAUGAAGAUGUUUGAAAGACAAACAGCACGAGAAGGUACCGAUGCACCAUGUGCUUUCAGGAUAUCAUCUGAAGGAUUGCCCCUUAUUCUCCCAUACAUAACAAAGCAAAUUAUACAGGCUUCUCCCGUGGACUUCAAGCAUCUUCUGCAAGACAAAGAUGUAAAAUUUACAGAUUUUGCUGAUGCCGAGUUUGGUAAAAAGGCAGAAAAUCUUUUGCCAGGCUGUUGCGUGAUAGUUCUGGGUAAAGAGAACACAGUUACUAAAGAGUCCCUCAAAGUUGAUGAGUCAACAAUAGCCAUCGGAUGCUGGAGGGGUAGGGCAAGGUUGUCAGUGAUGGUUACUGCAAUGGACUGCCAAGAAUUGCUUGAAAGGCUUUUAAUACGUCUAGACACAGAAAAGGGCUCUUCUGGGCAUGUCGGAGGUGAAGCUUGUACAGAAGUUGAACAAUAA